AUGGUGCAUGUUGUUGCUGUGGCUGGUGGUCAAGGAGAUGUCGGCAAGACAACUGUCGAGGUUCUCAGCCAGAAUCAGCAAAACCGGGUUCUGGUUCUAUCUCGCAAUAAGCUGGAUGAUGAGUCCACGAUUUACGUAGACUACAACGAUGUAUCUCAUAUCCGCGAUGCCAUUGAGAAGCACAACGCGGUAGUCGUUAUCUCGUGUCUGAAUGUUAUCAGUCCGGAAGCAAGUCAGGCAGAGGUCAAUUUGGCUCGUGCCAGUGGCUCCUUUAGUAGAACCCGCAGGUUCAUAGCUAGCCAGUGGUCCAUUCCAACACCCCAAGGAUCGCCUCUACCCAACUUCGUAGCUGCAACCAUGGCCGUCCUUUCGCAAACGAAACUUGAGUACACCGUCGUCUCCAAUGGGCAUUUCUCUGACUAUUAUGGAUAUCCUAAAGUCAAGACUGAUCUCAAACACGCUGAUUUUCUCAUCGACACAGCCAACAAGGCAGCUGCUGUCCCAGGCUCUGGAGAGAAUAAAAUCGUUUUCACGUACAGCUUCCAGGUUCCACGUUUCGUGGAUGCUUUGGCGAACACGGACAAGAAAUGGCCAAAGAAUAGUGUCGUCAUCGGUGAGAAGAUUACGACGAACGAGAUUGUUGCCAUUGCUGAACAUGUAAGAGGGGAACGAUUCUCAGUCGUCCAUGACGAUAUAAACAAAUUGAGGUCUCUGCAGGUCACCCAACUUCCAUCACAUGUCGAGGCUUACAAGUUCUUUUCUAAGCCUAUGCUGCAGACCCUGUAUGCCGCUAUAUGCCUUUGGAUCCUUCAAGAUCAUUUUGACUUGCCCUACGAAGGGUCGCUCAAUCAGAUGUUUCCCCAUAUUGAGUUAACAUCAGUAAAGGAAUCAAUUAAUGAGGCAUGGAAAGCCCAAGAGGUUUAUUCUCACAUGCAUUGGAUGUAG